AUGGUURAUUGGGUGGUGGAAUGGAAGAGAUGGUGUGGGCUUCCUCGAAAUGAGAACCUUCGAAAUCUUUGGGUCAGGCSMAUUGGUUGUGAGYACGUAUUGGCAAAAUCGGCAGUUUAUAGUCCAAAUGCAAUAUUUAUUUGUACUAGCCAUUUKGCUGRUGUGUGCUUCAAUGGCAACGGUAUUUUACUGCGGAAUUGUCUUCCAACARAGGGCCUACCASGUUUUAAAGAUGAAGGUUCUCUGGAAGAAAAUUUCUUCCGAGGAAGCUACAGAUUGGCGAACGUGGCGACCCCAGAAAAAAAUAUUCCRGCUCAAUCAGACACGACCUUCACCAAAACGAGUCCGAUUGAGUCGGUUAUUAAGCCUACAAAGGUAUAUCCUGGGAAAAGACGUUUGGUUCAACCAACUGAAAACAUAUGCUCCGAAUACGCUUUUCCCAGGGAGAGCAGCUCACUGGAAGUUAAGGAUUUUUUUAUUGAAAAUAAAUUGAAAGAGAGCAAAGGGGUUCGUGACGGCGUGUCAACCUGUAGGACCUCGAAAGUUGCACGAAGUGCUACAGUUCAGUGUAGAAGGCUGAAUUUAAAAUCUUUAGGUGUUACACAGCAGAAGACAUUGUCGAAACAGAGUCAAAUUUUGUAUGAGGGCGUAAAAAAAUUAAAGAAGGCCUUACAUCGCCAGAUGAGGAAUAAUGAGGUACUGAAAUUAAAUAAAUCUAGAUCCGCCCUUCUACGCAAUUUGACGAAUGUCAAUGAAUUUACAAGAAAUUUUAUUUUGUCUCAAAAUAGAAAUCAAAAGUUGAAACCCCGCGGUAGAAGGUUUUCACUUGACGAUAAAAUUUUUGCUUUGUCAAUAUACAAGCAAAGCGGAAAGGGUUACCGAUUCUUGUCUAAAAUUUUUAGUUUACCUUCUCGUAAAACGCUUGUAAAGGUUCUACAACAUAUACCUUUUCAUACUGGAAUUAAUAACCAUGUAUUCCAGCAUUUAAAGGUACGAGUGAGUAAACUACCAUUGUUAGACAGGCAUUGUGUGCUCAUGUUUGACGAAAUCGCGUUGCAACUUGGUCUUCAAUAUAAUUAAAAACUGUGUAGAUGGAUUUGUAGAUCUAGGUGGAGCGGAUGGAAGACCGAAAUUUGCAGAUCAUGCAUUAGUUUUUCUUUUAAAGGGCAUUUGCAAAAAGUGGAAGCAACCAAUUGGUUUCACUUUUUGCAGAUUUAUUGAAUUUAAUUAAAUCUGUAGUUCGCAAGGUUCGUGAAACAGGUUUGUCAAUAGUGGCAACUGUUUCCGACCAAGGAGCGACUAAUGCAGCUGCAAUUAGGUUGCUUGUUAAACUCAAUGUCAUUUUCCAACUCCACUUGUUUUUACGUUGCGUGGCUUCUUAUACAUCUGGAAUGAUCUAAGAGGCAAAAACUUUAAGUAUAUUGCCCCUAGACCAUUCAACCAAGAUCUUGUGGAAAAUUUUUUCACUUGUAUAAGAAGCCAUGGUGCGAGAAGCGCCCGUCCUAAUUGUUCCGCAUUUAUGUCUUCCGCCAAAUCCCUCCUUAUAAAUGGUUUUGUGUCAUCACAUUGUCUUGGGACAAAUUGUGAGCCGGACGAAUCAACAGGAGUUCUAGCGAAUUUGAAAUCUUUUAUUGAGACCCGCAACGCGCCACUUUCUGCUGAACAUUUGCGAGUUCCGGUGGCAACUUACUCAACACCGRAAGGCCUCGUUUGCAAMA